AUGGAGCCACCGUCGGGUCAGACGCCUCCGAGUGACCGACCCACACCUGAUGCUGAGGAGGAAGCCGCCCGCCUGGCCUCCAUGCCGGCCUGGAGGAGGGACAUCAUGAAGAAGAAGAUGGACGAGGACAGGGAACAGAAAAGAAAAGCUGACGAGCAGGCCAAGCAGGCUAAAGAGAAGGAGGAGAAGUCGGAGCUGGAGCGGAUCCGCACGCUGGGCUACGACGAGACCAAGCUGGCUCCAUGGCAACGGCAGAUCAUCCUGAAGAAAGGGGACAUAGCCAAAUAG